AUGAAAGACUAUUUUUGUUUCCUUGGCGUCUCAGGCACUGAUGUCACCGUCAACAGUCUCCACCCAGGGAUAAUAGAAACCGAUCUCUGGCAACAUUUCCACACGAUCAUCACCCCGAUAGGAGUCCUCGCGGGCAUCGCUUUAUUCAAAAUGUUCGGCAAAACUCCACUCCAGGGGGCGCAGACAACAAUCUACGCUGCAGUGGAACCUUCAUUGCAAUCUGUGACUAACAAAUACUUCAGGUAAAUGGGAACCUUCAUAUCUGUGACUUACAAGUACUUCAGGUAAAUUUGAAGCUUCAUAUCUGUGACUAAGUACUUCAGGUAAAUGUGAGCCUUCAUAGCAAUAUGUACUUGGGGUAAAUGUAAACGUUCAUUCCAAUAUGUGACUAAAAUAAGUACUUCAGGUAAAUUGGAACAUUCAUAUAUGUCGUUAAAAAAUACCUCAGGUAAAUGGGAACCUUCAUUGCACUCUAUGACUUACAAGUACUUCUGGUAAAUGUAAACCUUUACAUCUGUGACCAACAAGUACUUCAAAGUAAAAAGAUGAAUCUCACACCUCAUAAUGGGGUGUUUAAUUAAAAAUUUAAAAAAUCACACCCGUGAUAGAGUCUUGCAGUAUAACUAGAGUUCAUGAUUGGUAAUCAAAUCUCAUAAAUUAAUAUGCGGGGAUACACUUCCCUUGAAGAAAUAAAUGAAGGACUGCGUUCAAGCUGUGUAGAGGAAACAGAAGAACAAGGUAUGUCAAAGUUUGAAAUAGAAAGGCAUGACAGUCAAAGAAGAACGUUUCGGCCAAGAACCUUCCUCAGCAGACAAGACAAAUAAAGAAAAGGAAAGGUGUUUUGUUUUUUAAUUAAGUGGUCGCCGGCAAUUAUAUGAUUAAGACGACCACUUAAGUUUUUUUGUAAAUCCUUACUAUUUCUUGUUAUUUCUUCAUUCGUCCCGUCUGCUGAAGAAGGCUCUGAGCCGUAAAGUUUUUCUUUGAUUUUCUUGUCUUUCUAUUUCAAGUUUCCGCAUACCUUGUUUUACUGGUUCUUUCCCUGUAGACUUUUUUUUUUCACUGUCACAUUCCCAGCGACUGCCGAGAGGUGACCCCUUCCCAGCAAACCUUUGACGAGACUGCAGCCAAGAGGUUGUGGGACAUCAGCGAAAGGAUUACUCAAGAUGGCAUCAAUCAGUCAUGA